AUGUCUGCUGAGAUGGUGUUUAGUUCUGAAAUAUCGACCACAAACACUGCAGCAAUGAGGCUUUUCCAUUCUGUGAAUUAAAUAAUGAGUUUUCAGUUGACUUCUUUGACUAAAAUGGAUACUGCAAAGAUCGCACACGUAAGUCUUCUCGGAAUGAGUAUGGUAAUGAAUUUCAAGACUAGAUUUAGUCUUACAACUUUUACUACAAACAUCGCAGAUAUAAUUCUUUUUAACGGUAUGCUGCUUAUGCCUCAUAUUUCUAAUUUAAGGUCUUAUGUACUGUGCAACAAAUGAUAAUUCUGUGAAACAUGAUGAAAAAUUUCCUAUAGAAUGUUUAUGUGACGAUUUUUUCCCCAUAAAUAAAUUAGAUGUUACUUACACUUCCUCCCAGAAUAUACAAUGAUUUAUUUUAUUAUUCAUGAACUGUGAUCAGUCAAAUAAAAUUUCAUUUCGAAAAAGUAAAUACUAUACUCAUAUUUCAUAUAAAUAUCAUCAUUUUCACUAUUUAACAUAGAUUUAGAACGCAUUCUUAUCUUCAGAUUAUUGAACUCUUCUUCUGAAGUACUUUCACAUAUCAUACCGAAUUAAGAAUGCAAAAAAAUGUUCAGGCUGUUAUCCGAAGAUUACCCAAAAAUUAAUAAAUCCUCCCCCCCUUUUUUUUUUUCAAUCAGCACAAACCAUAGAAACAAAAACUUAAGAACAAACACGUGAAAUAAACUCUAAUGCUUGUGGCGAACACCUAACCGAAGACCUUCUGAAGAAUAUUAUUCGAAAGAUAUGAAAAAUCCUAAUUCACACUUUAUCUAACACAAAAUUUAAUUCCUUUAUUUCAUUUGCGAUCUUUUUUAGUCGAACGGUUACUUCCAAGGAGGUUAGAAUAGGGUUACUUCCUAUUUUGAGUAUCGUCAAUUGUCUAGCCUUAUACUUGUUAUUUGUACUGCGCAAUGAGUUGCAAUUAGCAGGCAAAAAGAUGCAUAUUCUGUAGAACUUCAAAUUUAACGGAAAGUAUUAGUUUCAGAUAAAAUGUGGUUAUUUCCCCCUCGAGAAACUUUAUUUUAUAUACAUAAAUGUAACGUUCAGAAUUCUAUGAUAUUCAUCUUGCUAUUUCUGAGUACGGAAAAUGUAGUUUAGUUUACCUAAACUAGUAUAUGGUGGAAUAGGAGUUUUUCUGUUACAUGUAUAUGUGUGAUAUAUUUCGUUCAUAUUGUUUAAAAAGAAGAUAAUAACUUAUUUGUUUUGUAUUUAAAUGUCAGUGAAAACGCCAGUUUGUGUCAGUUGUGGCUGUUUCUGCUCUUCAGUUUAUAAACAGUUUGGUCCUGAGAUAAUAAAAUUAACCACUUGUGUUAACUGUGGUGCAGUUGCUGAUAAAUAUGUUGAAACUGAAUGGUCUAUUAUUAUAAUAGAUAUGUUUCUUUUGAGAAGCGAAGCUGUAAGACAUGUCUUGUUCAAUUUGGAUCUUCAGGCAGCUUGGAAACUAAUUAUAUUGUUCAUAUUAUGUGAUGCUUAUGUAAAAACAUCAUCAUCAUAUAAAUCCACUGUGAAAGAACCUAUGAAACAUGAGAAAUAUAUAAAUGAAUUGGAGCUGAACUUUUACUUAAUGUGUAUAAAGUCAUUUUUAGAUUAUUUCAUAUUUGCGUCUCUCGUAGUGGUUGUUCUGUACCAUUCUCAAGUCGAAAAUAUAGAAAGGUUUUCAUCCAAGUACUUAUUUCAUAGUAUUAUAAUUGCAAGCUAUGGAAAAUUAUUUAUGUUACCAGUUCUUGUAUGGAGCAAAGAUGACUACUACUGUGAAACUUUAAUUAUAUUGUUCAUAUUUCUUUCACAGAUGCAAGUAAUUCGAGUGACUACAAAGCUCUCAAGCAUAGUAACUGCAACUCUCCUUAUCAUAAUUUCAGAAAUAGUUUACAUGAUUCUUCAACAUGUGUUGUGAUUUGUUUUAAAACCGAUUAUCUUAUUGCAGAAUUUUCUCUGAAAUGGCAUGGCAUACAUUCACCUACUAAAAAGCUUGGAAGAUUUAAAGGUUUUCAAGACACCAGUCCUAAACAGAAUUUAUUACAGAAAGACAAUAUUGUAAUUCAUAUUUAUAUUUUGAAGCAUAUAAAACAAAUAAUAAGAGUCAAAAUGCAUAUUUUAAAAUGUAACAGGAAAAUACAUUCCAGAAAUAAGCAAAAAAUGUCAAUUUUUCAUAACUAAACAAUCAAAGAGUGAUCACGCAGUUCAACUAUGUGGAAUACUAUAUAAAUUAUAAAAUUUCAAAGUAGUUCCAUCUUGGCAAGAACUGUAAAGGAAUACUCUGGAUUCCCACCAAAUAGGAGAAUGAAAAUUCAAGGCGUGUUUUAAAAACUUUUCAGUCUAGACGCAUAGUGUGUGCACUGGCUGUGAUGAAAGUAACUUAAUUAUGUACCAAUUGAAAACACAAAAAUUUAGCAAUUACAUGUGACUUUGAUUAAGGAAUACAUUCCAUCUACAUAAUGAACAAAAUCAAAAUUAAAUUUAGUAUUUGAAUGCAAUGAAUAAGUUUUUAAACACUGAAUUUUUUCCAACAUUAAUUGUGAUAAAAUUGCCAUGAAUGACAGCUUUACUGUUUUAAAAAGUAUAAAUAAAUUCUGGAUUGGAAGUUACUGUUUACAAAAUGGCAAUUGGGAAGCAGUUAUACCUAUCCUAUUAACCCUGCAAUGGAGGAGCUGGUGUACAGAGUAAGCCAAUGCCAUCUUUUGAGCUGUUAUUUUUAGACAACCCCUUCCUGAGCUUCCUCCCCUGCACUACCCUCCUAGAAACAUUCCAUGAGUACAAUGCACCUGGUAUUUCUGGUCAGUCUGGUUUUCGUCUUCCUUCCGAAAGCAGUUAUUGUGAACAUGUCACGUAGGUGAACUCAGUACGCCGCUCCUCCAAAGUAUGUACAGAAAGAAUAUUGUACCUCCUGAAGAUUAUUUGCACGUUUUAGAAGAAGUCUCAGUUGAUGAAGAGUCUGACAAUUUGGAUAAUGCAUCUGAUGUCAAUGAAUUGAAAGUCAUCUAACAUUCUAAUCAUGAAAGUGACUCAGAAAUUGAGGGAAUGUUCCUUUACAUCCCUCAUUUUGCUUCCUGAAAUGAUGUUUCCCCAACAAAUGACGAUUUUUUAGUAAAGUUGAAAAUGACAUAAGUGAUUUAAAAUAUGAGGACUUUUUUGUAAAAACAAUUUACAAAAAGAAGAAAGUUGGUGGAAAGUUUCUGAAAGAAGAAAAGGAAACUUAUAAGUGAAAUGAACUUCCCUUCAAGAGCAAAUUCGCCAGAACGCCUUGAAAAAAUUUGAUGAAAAAAAUAUUCCCAAGUACCAAAACUUGUGAUGAUAUAAAUGAUUAGCUUUCUGCUUUCCAGAAAAUCAUAAAUUCAAAUACGAUUGAUGCUAUCGUACAAUAUACAAGUAUUUAUCUCAAAUGUAACAUGACUGCAGAUGAUCUCCAAAACAACUCACAGAGAAGCAUGUAUGAUACCAAUAGAGCAGAAAUGUCCUUUUUAGGAAUUUUAUUCUUAUUAGGGUGAAAAAAAAAAAAAAAAAAAAAGAAAGAAAGAAAAAGAAAGAAAGAAAAAGAAAAAAGUCAAAACUCAAUUUGGAGGAAGCAUGGGCAAAAGACGGUACUGGAAUUGAAAUUUUGCAAGGUCAUGGGUCUCAAGCAAUUCAGAAACCUGUGUGCUGCUAUUAGAUUCAACGAUAAAGGCACAAGGUAUGUGCGAAAAAACUGAUUAACUUGCUGCACCAAGAGAAUUUUUUGAAUCUUUCAACCAGAUCCGUCAAAACUUUUAUACACCAGGUGACAAACUCACAAUCAACGAGAAGUUGGAACCCUUUUGUGGGAGAUGCUCUUUUAUUCAAUUCAUCCCCAACAAGCCCGCAAAGUACGGUCUGAAAUUUUUUGCAGAUGUUGACUCACAAAUGUUUUAUACAUUGAAGCUUGAUAUUUACUGUGGCAAGCCCCCCCAAGACCUUAUACGGCGUCUAAUUCAAGCACUGACAUUGCCAAAAGGCUAAUUGGUGCGUACGAAGGUUCCAACCGUAACCUGAGGACCGAUAAUUGGUAUACAAGCUACCCGCUAGCUCAAUAUCUUCUUAACACAUGUGGGCACGCUGAAAAAAAAAAAAAAAAAAAAAAAGGAAAU